GGUGGAGUAAGUGGGAAGUUACUAGAACCAUAGCAAAGAGAGUUAAGGGCUGUGAGCGCUUCCCAUGCCUCUCCCAACCACGCCUGUGCAUGUGGCAAUGCAGUUAAAGAGAUUUUAUGGUGGAAAACUCAGACUAUUUCAGGUUUUUUCCCCCACAUGCUUUAUUCUUUCUUCCAUUUUCGAGUAUUAUUAUUUUUGUAAUUGCGAAAACAAAGUCUUCCCUCCCCAUUUCAUGAGACUGGGCUGGUUAUGGGGUCUGUGGAGAAGGGAGUGGAUUCCAGUAGAGAUCCUGACACCUGGGAGGGCCUUCUGUUGCAACUUUUCUGUUCUUCUGUAAAAGAAACAAACAGUAAAAGUCUUAACAGCGGACACCCACAUUGAAAAAACGGGGUUAGAGGUAUUUCUCGGGGCUUGUUUCCCAAGUUGUAAUUAUUCAGCAUGUUUCCACUGACUGAGGAAAACAAGCAUGUGGCCCAGAUGUUGCUCAGUUCUGGAACCUGUCCCAGAUGUAUCUUCAGAUUCUGUGGUGUGGAUCUUCAUGCACCUUACAAACGCCCAUCCAAGGAGUUGUUAAAUGAUCUACAGAAAUUUCUUGAAACUGAAAAAGAUGAAUUAAUUUUGGAAGUUCCAAACCCACCAUUGAAGAAAAUUCGUCUUCAAGAAGAUGGGACAGAUAAUUUGAGUGGAAACGGACAAGAGGGGAUCUCUGCCACGGAAGACGAAAGCAUUGCUUCUGACCCUUCAAACUCGAGUGUGUGCAAUGUUUGCUUAGGAAUUCUUCAAGAAUUCUGUGAGAAAGAGUUUAUUGCGAAGGUGUGCCAAAAGGUUGAAGCCUCUGGGUUUGAAUUCACCAGUGUGGUUUUAUCGGUUUCCUUCCCACCACAGCUGUCUGUGAGAGAGCAUGCUGCAUGGUUGAUGGUCAAACAGGAAAUGGGAAAACGGAAUCUGUCUCUGGGAAGAAACGAUGCCGUUCAGCUGAAAGAAGCCUACAAAUGGAUCACUCACCCCCUGUUCUCAGAGGGACUGGGCGUUCCCGUCGAUGGAAAGAGCUUGUUUGAAGUGAGUGUGGUCUUUGCUCAUCCAGAAACAGAUGAAGAUUGCCGCUUCCUAGGUGAAGUUUGCCCAGAUUGUUUCAAACCAGCCAAGAACAAACAGUCAGUGUUCACCAGAAUGGCGGUUUUGAAAGCUUUGAAUAAGAUAAAGGAAGAGGAUUUCCUCACGCAGUUUCCUUGUCCUCCAGACUCACCGAAGACUGUGUGCACUGUCCUGGAAAUGGAAUGCACUCACGGCGCUGUUUUUGUUGCUGGCAGAUAUAAUAAAUACUCCAGGAAUCUACCACAAACUCCUUGGAUAAUUGAUGGAGAAAGGAAAAUGGAAUCUUCGGUGGAAGAAUUAAUUUCAGAUCAUCUCUUGGCUGUAUUCAAAGCAGAGAGUUUUAAUUUCUCAUCCUCUGGAAGAGAAGACGUAGACGUGAGAACGUUAGGGAAUGGAAGGCCGUUUGCAGUGGAGCUGCUGAAUCCUCACAGAGUUCGUUUCACUUCUCAAGAAGUUAAGGAGCUCCAGCAGAAGAUUAAUAAGGCAUCUGACAAAAUCCAAGUACGUGAUUUGCAGCUCGUCACCAGAGAGGCCAUAGGGUAUAUGAAGGAAGGUGAAGAAGGGAAGACCAAGACCUACAGUGCCUUGAUCUGGACGAAUAAAGCCAUACAGAAGAAUGACAUUGGAUUCCUAAAUGACCUCAAGGACUUAAAGAUUGACCAGAAAACUCCUCUCCGGGUCCUCCACCGAAGGCCUUUGGCUGUGAGAACUCGGGCCAUUCACUCCAUGGAGACACACUACCUGGACGAGCAUCAUUUUCGUCUGUUUUUGAAGACCCAAGCUGGAACCUACAUUAAAGAGUUUGUACACGGAGACUUUGGGAGGACCAAGCCGAACAUCGGCUCUCUGAUGAAUGUGACCGCAGACAUCCUUGAACUCGAUGUGGAGUCUGUAGAUGUUGACUGGCCCCCUGCUCUGGAUGACUAGCUCCCACAUCUGGACACAGAGGGCUUUCCUGACGUGAUGCGGACAUACAGGCGGCGUAUCCUGGAAAAUGACUUACCCACCACCACAGUGUCUUCAAAACGGCUUGGAUCGUGUUCAUCUGUUUCUGAAGUUCACUGUAACAUCUCAGGAUCUAUAUGUACGCAUAUUUUGUGUUCUGAGGAUGUCUUACGUUUUCUCAUUCCGUCUCAUGGCCACAGAACCAAAAUAGGAAUAAUCGAGCCAUUUUCCUUUUUAAUUCUGUCACUCAGAGAAGUGUGCAGUGGGAGACACUGUUAAGAGGAGCUGUGACUUCUUCAGUGAGAUUUCCCACGGGAACCCCUGCAUCUUUAAAGGAAAGUGCUCCAGUUUUCAGAUCAUCUGAAUAAACACUGCAACUAGACUCACGUGCUAGAGUGUCCUGUGGAUUUCUAGUAUCUCCAGUGCACAUUUGAUAGGACUAUUUCUCUCAGUUACCUUCAAGUAUUAUCAGUGGAAGGACUUUCAGGUGAGAUUUGUCAUAAGUCCUAAUGACCUCAAGUUACUAGUUUGACAAUCUAAAGUUGUCAGGACUUGUCUCCUGUAGAACCUGUGACCGUGCUGGGGGUGAACCCGUAGAGCCACAGUUCCCAUCUACGACCGGGCUGGGGGUGAACCCCUGGAGCCACGGUUCCCAUCUACGACCGGGCUGGGGGUGAACCCCUAGAGCCACGGUUCCCAUCUACGACC